UUUCGAGGUAGUAGGGCGCUGUCAUCAGAAAAAGACCACUCAAGAAAAUAUUAUGUCUGAGCUAUUUUACCCUUAGCAGACGUGAAGGAACUGUCCAAAAAAUAAUUCGUCGUUUCGCUCAUAAUAAUAGGCUCCAGUAAAUCCUGGUGAUACGACAUUCCCUCUGGAAGUGGAAACGAACAACGCUUAUGCAUUGUGCUGAAUUUAUUAGAAUACCAUUUCAUGACUUUGAUCGAACUGAACAAUAUGAAAUCUGAAUGUAUUUAAGAAUCUCCUGUACUAAGUUCGAACAACGUCGCUGGAAAAGCUUUAGCUUGAAAUUCGUUUAGAAAACCUACAAAUAUUUGACACUGAUAAAGCACGAACACCUGAACUUUUCGAGUUUCUUCACUUUCCCAUGCUGCUUGACGAUGAUCCGAUUGGUGUGGCUAAUUUUCUUCUUGGAGGUCGUAGUUCUAAAGAGCGCUGCAGGUUUACAGAUAGAACCAAGAUACCAAGUGGAUCUUAUUGAAGGGCUUCGUAUAUUUAACACCACCUAUCGUGGGUUAAACGCAGUAGAGGGAUUUCAUCAGUUAUCACCAGCAGUUAAACUGACAGGAGUCUCCAGGCAGCUUCUGCUACCAAAUGAAACUUUCACAAAGGCAGCUAAGCUGCUUUUACACAGUAAUGAGUUUACGUUGAUGGUUACUCUUAAGCAGGAAAAAAGAAACACGGGAACUUUAUUUGGUUUUUCGAGAGGAUCUAACAGGUUUCUGGAAAUUCAGAGUAGUGGAAGAAAAGACGAACUACGUCUAUACUAUACCCAUAAUAAUAUAACUUACGUAGAAACAUUUCCUUAUCGCUUAGCCGAUGAUAUUUGGCACCAGGUAGCACUGUCAGUUAGUGGCAAUGCUGUGGAGUUAUUUGUAGACUGUAAUCCUAUUUAUAAACGGGUAAUUCGUGAUGUUGACAGAAAUAUCACUUCAAGAAACACCUCGCUAUGGCUUGGACAGAGGUCUUCACACCAAUUUUUGUUUCAGGGGACUUUGCAAAAUGCGAAAAUUAUUGGAAAGUCGCAUGGAUAUAUUGUACAGUGUCCUCACCUGGACACAGAUUGUCCUACGUGUGGCCAGUUUAGAGAACUUCACUUGUCAGUUCUACAUUUGGAAAAUUAUAUCAAGUCGUUAGCAGAAAAACUAGCUCAAGCAGAACAAAGGCUUGCGGCAGUAGAAGAAUGUGAGUGUCAAAGAAAGUGUCAUGUGAAUGGGAGUGUUCGCCCAGAUGGCUCUACAUGGGCAAAUGGAUGUUUUAUUUGCACGUGUACAAAAGGUGAGACCACAUGUCACCAUAAGCCUUGCGACUCGGCGCCAUGUAAAAAUCCUGUUUUACUACCGGGAAAUUGUUGCCCAACAUGCUUAAAAAAGUGUUUCAUGGAUGGAAAACAUAUAGACCAUGGUGAAGAAGACAAUCGAAGACCGUGCCGAAAGUGCUAUUGUAAAGAUGGAAUUAUUAACUGUGAGAAGCCUCAAAAGUGUUUACCUUUGCCUUGCAUGGAAGCAGAAUACAUUCGUGUUGAAGGAAAAUGCUGUCCGAUUUGCAGAGACACGGAUUACUGUUCACAAGGCCACGACUGCCACCAUAACGCUGUCUGUCACAACCUCCAUACCAAUUAUACGUGUCGCUGUAAAGAUGGUUACAGUGGAGAUGGAAAACAGUGCGAAGAUAUAAACGAGUGCCUCCAGACUGGCGGUCAUAAUGGUCACUAUUGCAGAGAAAAUACUCAGUGUCUUAACGUACCUGGUUCAUAUAUCUGCGAGUGUCUUCCUGGGUACACAAGAGACACUAAUUACUACUGUGUAGAUCACGAUGAAUGUCUUUCUGGCCAACACCACUGUGAUUUAAACGCCAUUUGCAUCAACACCGAAGGAAACUACACGUGUGAGUGUCGAGAAGGAUAUACUUGGAAUGGAUAUUCAUGUAAACCGGUGUGCAACCAAACCUGCUUGAAUGGUGGUCAGUGUGUGGCAACAGGUAUUUGUUCUUGUCGUCAUGGUUAUACGGGACCCACCUGUGAACUUGAUAUUGAUGAGUGUCAGAUGGAAAUCCAUCAGUGUCAUGCCAACUCAGAGUGUGUCAACAUGCUCGGAUGGUAUUACUGUCACUGUCGACCAGGUUAUAAGAAUCAGCUGACAGAUAACCAUUAUGGAAUGAUGUGUCAAGAUAUCGACGAAUGUGUUACCAGCUCUCAUACGUGCCACCUUUCAACAGUUUGUGUUAAUAAGGAAGGAAGUUAUCAGUGUGAUUGCAAGGAAAAUACCACGUGCUCUCUAAAUUGUAUGUAUUAUGGAACUGAGAUGCCAGAUGGCGACAUAUGGAUAUCAGCUGAUUCGCCUUGCACAGAGUGUUCGUGCAACGGCGGUGUCGUUACAUGUCAGAAACAAACUUGUGAUUGCAGCAGGACUGACAUCAAUCUUGACUGUUGUCCCCAGUGUGAUACCACAUCCUUCUGUCGUCAUCAAGAAGCACCAAGAAAUUUUCAUAAUGGAGAACGUUGGGUUUAUCAGUGCCAAAUUUGUGAAUGUUUAUUUGGAGAGAUAGAUUGCUGGGAAAUAGAAUGUCCACCGGUAACGUGUGACCAUCCCGUUCGACAUACUGGGGAUUGUUGCCUUCGUUGUCAGGAUGAUGUAUGCAGUUCGAAAACUUUCUCUAGUGAUGAGAAUAGUGGAAACAUCACAACAAACCUUUAUCAUGGUCGAGGUUGUGCUUACAAAGGAUACUCGUAUCAAUCAGGGGAACCUGUUCCAUUCAACCGUGACCCUUGUACCACCUGUAACUGCAAGGCCGGACAGAUCUGCUGCACAUACAGUCCUACUUGUUAUGACAAAUCUAGUGUCAUUGAUAAUCUUGCCAUCAAGGGCAGAUAUAGACAAGCUAAGUCAAGUUUUGUACGUGAAUCUGAUCAGUAUCUUCUCAAAAACCAAAAGAUGGAAGAUCCUUCUGUAUCUCCAGAGAGCAUUCCUUACGCCAAUAUUCCUUUUUCAAAGCUUCCCCUGGUGGCAAGUCAAAUAAACAUUCCUCAUGCAAAGAUGGAGAAUUACCCCGCCAAUAUGCUUUUAAAAACUACUGGUGGAGAUAAUCCGAAUAGUAACCAUGACAGUACUGAUGGAUGGGAUAAUGCAGGUAAAGGUAUUAGAGAAAAACAAGUUUAUUUCAAAGAUUUUCAAGGAUUCGCAGGAAAACAAGGCAAUAUUAGGAGUUACCAUGAUAAGAGUGAAAAAUUGGUUUCUCUGCCGGAAUUUGGAAUACUAAGAAAUAUUCUGAUGUCCACUUCUGCGUCAGAAAGUUUGCUAAAAGAUUGAUAAAUAUAAAUAUCUGGUAAAGGACAGGAAUAGUAAGUGUGAAAGCCAUUAUUAGUCUUUCGCCUUCAGCUCACGUGUAAUGUCUUUGUGGAAGCUUCCUUCUCUACAUGCUCAGAAGUUCCGGUACAGCUUCAAAAUAGAAUUAAGAAAAAAA